AUGGAGGAGAGCAAAAAACGUGUACACGGCACUAAAGUUUCAAAAAUAGCAAAUAUAUUUCAAGGAAUGCCUUCUAGAGACGACGAAGACAUGCGAGGAACCGACGUUACGGUUGUGAGGACUGAGAGCCAUUUGGCUAGGUUUAAUAAUGCUCGAGCGUUAUUUGAAAAAUUAGGUGAAGAAAAUCGUGGUUUUCGGAUCGAAAAGUCACCUUCUGCUGCUGCCAGUUUCGCUGGAACACGCGGAGUAUCACCAGGUGCUCCGUCCCGCUCUCGGUCCAGCUCUGCCGGCUCCGUGAGUCCGCCUCGAAGUCAUGGCCCUCCGACUGUGCCAUACGCCUCUGCAAUUAAUGGAGACAAAUUGUCAAAUGGUGCUGCACAACCGCCGCCAAAACCAGUCAAACCUAGUGUGCUUCCAAAGCCAGAGAAACCGGAUAGACGGUUUAAUAAAGAACUAAUAGAAAAGCAGAGAAAUUGGACUUCUCACUUUAAUAAAUCUCGUCCUGCCAAAACUGAAAACGAAAAAAUAGAAAAUAAAUUUUUAGCCCAAGACCGCAAAUCUCCAGAAGAAACUGAUAGAUAUGUGGUUCCUUCGCGAGUGUAUACUCCGCCUCUUUCUCCAGGUGCGAUUGACACUCACUUGGAGCGACCUACUACUCUGCCUACUGCUUUAGUGAAUCGAAGCGUACCUGUUGCGAAAUCACCUAGUCCUGUUAAAAACGUCGCACCUGUACUACCUUCUCCUAGAUCUAAUAGUGCGAAAUCACCCACCGUAAGAAGUUCACCAUCACCUAAAGCAGAAAUUCAUUCCGCUGUUAUACAAAUUACAGAAACAAGAAGUUUGGUAACACCUGAAAAAGAUGAUGUGCGAGAAAUAAAACCACUUCCUAGAACUGAUAUGUACUCUCAUUCUGCUAAAGUUGUGGAGCGUGUAUCGACUAUAACAACGUCUACUAUUGUUUCAUCAAGCGAAGGAAAUGUAUCUCCGAUUAAGUUUCACAAAAUAUUACCUUCACCCCCCAUACGAAUGCCAAGAUCUCCACCGCCGCCAGUGCCAGAUGAUAAAAGUGCACAUAAUGACAGCAUCUCGCCGGUUACUUCUUUACCUGAAGAAUUUUCGCCACCAUUGGAAUGUUUUGAUGAAAAGAUUGAUAAAGAAAAAGCAGUGGAUAAAUCCCCUGUAUCGUCUCCUAAAAUAAUACUUGCAGGUGAUGAACCUGUCGGUGCAUUAGUUUCUACAAGACCGGAUGUGUGUGAUGUUGUACCUAGGCCCCAUUUGGAAGGAAACGAGGAGACAUCGCGGUGCAGUGGUGAUUGGGAGGAAAAGGCUAGUCGUAGGUCUUCGACACCCGAGUCACCAGUCAAUGUGAAUGUUGCAAAUAGGUCACCACUGACAUCGCCCUUAGCGUCGCCCGUUCACAGCCUGCCACGCUCAACAUCCGAAGCGCCGGUUUCUCCAUCGCAAUUAGGCGGAGGUCGGAAAUCGUCCGAUCCAGAUGAGACUGCCCGUACAAGGUCUCGGACGCCCAGCGUCUCAGAUGAGGGUGGGUUCAAUGAACCCUCACCAGAAGUGGUGGCGAGGCUCCGGCCCGCAGAGUACCGAGAGCCUCCUCUACCACUCACGCGCGAUAUCCGUGAUGCCGAACGAGCCAGAUCCGACCCGGAUACAUUAUCUGUUCAGCAGCAGGACUCGGGUGUAGUAGUAAGCGAAGCUAGUCAAGGCUCCAUAGAGGUGCUCGACAAAUCGACCACCAGCCAAUGGAGUGUGUCGGAGGAUAACCCCCCCGGAGCCACGCGGCAGUGA